AUGGUACGCAGCACACAGGGGUUUGUAACCUGCUCCCAGUUUCCCUGUUCAAGCGUUUUUGGGUGUUCGCAGAGUCAGUUUGUUCCAUCCAAAUGCGGCGGCCCCGCGACAGCAACUUUCCGGCCAGUGAGGGUGCGAAGGAGCGCGCUCCGGUCUUCUGAAAACGACAUCAAGUGCAGUGCUUCACAACCAGCAGAGGUGCAAGAAGACGAUCCGAACGAAUUUGACCCGACCGCGGAGUUGGCGCCCGACGAGUUGGAACUGUGCAAUAACUUUCGCGCCGAUUUGCCCCUGCUGAACAGGAUCAUACUCACGGGGCGUCUAGGAAAAGACCCCUCGCUUCGGGACAUCAGCGCCGACGCCAAGGUGUGUAACUUCUCAUUAGCUGUGACUACAGAAUAUGACCCCGAUGAGGGCAGAGACCAGGACCGCACGAGCUGGUUUGACGUCGAGGCAUGGGGAAGUACUGCUGAGUACAUUUCCAAGUUUGGGAAGAAGGGGAUGCGAGUCGGCGUGUCUGGAUCUCUCAAUGUUAGCUCCUGGACAGGAAAAGACGGCGAGACGCGGGAGAGCCCAAUUGUUACAGCAGACUCGUUCGAGAUUUUGCAGUCCCGUUCUGAGCAGAUGCCGACAAUGAUUGAUGGCAACGACCGUUCCACUGAGAACCGAAGUAACUCACAAUAUUCUGCAGGAGAUACAGGAAGGGGAGCAACCCAAAAUCUGAGCGAUCUGCCGUUUUAG